UCUCGUUCAUCGUCCUGGAAAGUUGGCCUAGGUAAACACUGCAGAUGGUCACGAGAUUUUUAGAUUUUAUCAACAUGCCCUCGACAACCCAUUGGCUGUACACAAUGUGAAUCGCAGUUGUGGCAGGCUGUAGCAGCUCCCGAGCCAAUCACAUCGCCCUGGUGCCUGAUUCGUAACUAGGAUGGACGACAGUCAACAGAUACCAUCACGCCCUCCAGUUUCUUCUUCUCUCACUUUGUCUUUUAUCAUUGUCAUAUGUUGUGCUACAAGAUGAAGCGUACGGCUAGGUCAGAUCCGAAUCGCUCCGACCUCACAGCAGCGAAACGACGGCGCACCGUGCCAAAUCCAGCUACAGACCGUCGGUUCUGGGGCCUGAGCUGCGAGGAUAGCGCUCGGGUCGUUGAUCUCUACGACGAAGGGAGGCUGCUCAUAGCGGACUACAACAAAGCUCAACAAGAAGUCGAGGCUAGGCGGAAUCUGCUCGAGGAAUCUGCGAGAGGGCCUGGUGAAUGGGACUUUAUGUCUCGCUGGGACUUCGAUUUCGAAUACGAGUUCGAUGACACUGCAGACGAAGAGGAACAGCUCAGACACGCUAAACUCAAAUAUAUUAUGGACAAAGAUACCGAGCUCUGUAAUCUCGUAAGAGAUCUAGAAGCCGCCAGCUAUUCGGUUGAUCGUAUCGCGACGGCUUGCGCCGAUCUGCAGCUAUGUUCAUCGCUUACAGCAAUCAUUCUCGCCAAGCUUCCUCGCGAGCUUCGAGACCAUGUCUACGAUUAUCUCUGGGCAGGAGAGCACGUCGAGAGCAUGGAUAAGGCUAUCUCGUUUGUUCCUCGGCACUAUUUCUCAGAUGAAGCUGUCAUCAACGCACCAGAGCUGCCUGUGCCGCGUUUCGCGAACGUCACAUUCGUUGGCCUAGAAUUCGCAUCUGAAGCUGCGACUCGGUACUUCAGAGUCUUGUCAAGUGCGGAACUUGACUACCGUUACGUACGUGCCAAUCUUGAACGCAACCGCUUUGGUCCCAUGACAUUCGUGGUCAAGAACGAAAUUCGGCGCCUUGUGAUGACGAUUGAUGAGAGCGCUGGGACUAUCUGCCAAGGUACAAGGAUAGCUUGUGAAGCUCUCAACGACAGCAUGAACAGCCUGCUCGUGUUCAAAGAUCAUCAAAACAUCAGCAUCGAGAUUUAUUUGGAAGCGGGCAUGCAAUGGAGCCUUGCGUUCUACCAGGCUCUCGAAGUCAUCAAGCCAGUGUUCAUGACACUUCGCGAAGCCAACAUAGACAUCAAAGUCCUGGGUUACGACUUCUUCAGCACCACCGAAGACGAUGAUACUGACAUCUUUUCCGAACAACUCAACCACUAUCUCACAGCAGGUAAACCUGAAGAAUGGCUCGACAUGAAAGCCAGAGAAGUCAAAAGCGUACCACGAGGACUGCUUCGGCAGCGGUGCAAACGAACACUGAAGAUCAUGCGAAAGAACCUUGAGUUCUACACCCGGAACAGUCGCAAGGCCACAGGGGCUGCUACAGCGAGCUUGUGAUUAUGUGGUAGUGGUACCGCAGUGGCAGAUGGAAAACCUCAGGGUCUAGAUCUGGUAGCGAACACUUAUUUAUUUCCUCAAAUCGAAGAUACUGGCACGCCCAGGACAAUUGUAGGAUUAUCAUGAAUCACCACAGCACUAGGGUAAUACCAUCUGAGCUGAAACUACAGCUUCGCUCUGGGCGCUUCACUAUCAUGGUUCCAUCCUGGCAUAUCCGCUAAAUCCUUGGCACGCGCCGCCCUUCGUGACUUCAGCGCGUCGCCAGUGCCUGGGCGCCAUCUCCAUGCAUGUGC